AUGAGUUCUAUAGCGCAACAAAAGGUCCUUGUCAAGGAAGGUUUAUUUCAGUUUAUUACGAAACAUAUCCCUAGUGCUGAUUUAAACGUGAUAGAUGAUAUAGUUCUUACGUAUGUGAUUUCGAUCCUGGAAGAAGCUUCGCAGGACCCGUGCUUCGAUGUUGAAGGCUUUAUAGAAAUGAUGUCAGCAUACGUGCCACAAUUCGGUCACAUUGACGCUGGGCUGGUCUGCACGUGGGUCCUGGAGCUGGAAGCUGAGCUCAACCAGCGAGAUGACACGGAUUCGCUUUCAAACAAUGAUGACUCUGCUAGCAGUGAUAGGCUCAGCCUUACGCUGCAGAACCUCAGCGAGAUGCUGCCUCCGAUGACUAAGAACAGCAGCAGCCGAUCUCACUCCAACUCGGAGUCGUCUGAGAGCGUGGAAGGCAACAGGCGCCCCCUGCUGGAGGAAGACGUGCACGCGGAACAGUGCAAAGCUCUCGCUGAGAUGUUCCCCAAUACUUGCGCCAUGGAGAUCAAGCACUGCGUCUCAAUUGGUCACGGUGACGUCGAACGCGCUGCAGCUACACUCCUACACCGCCGCGAACAAGGACAGUCCCUGUCCGCCGCCGCGCUGCACUCCGCCGCGCGGACUACUCCGCGCUGUGAUGACAGCGAGCUCAAGAACAGGAUCAUUGCUCGAUAUUCCUACGUGGACAAGAACGCGGACCAGAAGGAGCACAAGCCGCUCGCUCCUAAGAUUGAGCCAAAGAAGAUGGUUCGGUACAGGGACAACAAGAUCGUCUCGCUCAAGGGAGAGAGGUACACUGAGGUACCCAAGUCUGGAGUCGACGAGGAAAACUUGAAGAAGCCCAAAAAACAUCACUGCCCUUAA